AUGUCUGAUACUGACGGAAUAAUUCUCGGAAUAUCACUUUCCAUUGGAAUUACUUCUGUAGUUUUUUUGUUGUCUUAUGUUAGCUAUAAGAUUGGUGUAAAGUUUCAUGAUAGACAUGGUUCGGAUACAUCAAAUGAGUCUACAGAGCCUCCAUCUCCAGUUGUUGAAGAAGUCGUCAGACCACAAAGAUCACAAUAUUCAGAUAUUACGGUGAGAUUUUUCGAAGAAUUUGGAAUCAAUGGAUAUCAACCAGAUCCAGCAGUGCACAGACAAAUUGAAACAAUUCGAGUGCGAUCGACUGAUGUCCUACCUGAAUAUCAUGAAGUUGCUGACUCAAAUCCACCAUCUUACCAUGAAGCUAUCAGUGUUUAUAAGGUUGAAAAUGAGAGAUAUUAA